AUGUCACUUCAACAACAGAUCCAAAAUGAGAGUGACCAAUUUCAAGCUCUCUUUAGUCGUUUAUCUGAUACGCAAUCGAGUGAAGCUGCACUAUCCGAAGCCCGAUCCCACUUAAUAUCUUACCAAAAUCAGGCUCGUCUUAUACAAGAAAAGAUUGAUACGUUCACUGCAGCAGCCGACAAGGAGCACAAACGUUUAGUCGACAUCCAAGGACAUGGCAUCAAACACAUUUGGUACAAGAUUCGAGGCCAACUCAAACAACGCUUAAAUGAACAAGAAAAGAAAUGGUUGAUCGAGUUUGAAAAAUGUAAAGAAGAAGAACAACGUUUAGUCGCUGUGCAAGAACAAAUCUGCUCUACUCAGAACCAUUUACAUCAAUGUGAAAUCGCUUCCGAAAUAAUAACAAAAUUAUUAGCAAAUGGAAUUGAUUGUACAUGGAAUGAUAAUAAUGAAUUUAAUAUAAAAAAUUCUCAUGCAAUAUGUUUUAAUGGUCAAUCAAUUGAAGGUAUAAAACCUAUACAAACAAUGUUAAUGGUUAAAACAUCAUAUGAUGCACAAAUAAAAGUAAAUUGUAAUUGUCGUCCAUGGUUAUUAACACGUGCUGCAUGUGUAGGUUCACAACGAUAUGGUGGUACAUGGACAGGUGAUAAUCGUUGUUCAUGGCAUACAUUAAAAUAUAAUAUUCCAAUGGGUUUAAAUUUAUCUUUAAGUGGUUUUCCAUUAAUUGGUCAUGAUAUAGGCGGAUUUGCUGGUGAAAAACCUUCACUUGAAUUAUUUGUUCGUUGGAUACAAAAUGGAAUAUUUCAUCCAAGAUUUUGUGUACAUUCUUGGCGUCCAAAUCAAGAUGAAAAUAUUGAUGAUAAUAAUGAAAAUGCUUUAUGGAUGUAUGAAGAUGCUUUACCUUUAAUACAUGAUGCAUUACGUUUUCGUAAACGUUUACAAACAUAUUUAUAUUCACUUUCACAUGAAGCAAAUAUAACUGGUCAUCCACUCAUUCGUCCAACUGUUUAUCAUUUUCAAUCAGAUAUUAAAUGUCGUAAUCAAUCAUUUGAAUUUCUUCUUGGUCCAUGGUUACUUGUUGCUUCUGUUUAUGAAGAAAAUGCAAGUACUCGAACUCUUUAUUUACCAUCAGGCACCAAAUGGUACAAUUUCUGGACAGAUGAAAUAUAUGAUGGUGGACAAAUGGUUACUGUAACAGCAACAUUAGAUAUAUUUCCAUUAUUUGUACGCGAAGGAGCAUUAUUACCAUUCCAUAUGGAUGAACAUCUUGAAAUACGUGUCUAUCCAUUUGAAGAAAAUGGUACAAGUGAAUUCAAUAUAUAUGAUGAUGAUGGUGAAACAAUAGAUUGUUAUAAUGAGUUAGAAGGUAAAUUCGAUUUACAAACGAUUCGUCUUACAUGUAAUAAAAAACAAAUACAUAUUGAAACAUUUAUUAUUGAAGGAAAAGACAAUAAAUUUACAUGGCGUUUUCCAACAAAUGAAAAGCGUGUGUAUCAAAUCAAUGAAGGAUAA